GCAGGAUGCGCUGGAGUGAUUGUCACACAACCGUUGGAUACUGUGAAGGUGAGUGAAACGCGUGUUCAACCUUGGGCCUAUCCAGGCUAAUAAGUAUUAACAUUGUGGCCUUUUUGAACUUUAAUUAGCCUUCGCGAUUCCGAUAGAGUAACUAAUGCCUGGUUCACACGUGCGAUGCAAAUGUAACACAAAUGUAAAUGCAUGGAAAUGUUUGUGUGAACUACCUUAAUGCAAUUGGAAUGCAAGCGCGAACGCAAGCGUCAACGUAAGAAAUGGAAAAAAAAUAUUUUUUCUUGCACUUUUAGUUGCGUUUGCGUUCGCUUCUUACACGUGUGAACCAGGUUAACGCAAACGCAAAUGUAAAUGUAAGGCGAGAAACACAGUUUCCAUGGGUUCCAUACCCCACGGCACAGUUCAAUAUGGCGUUAUGCUAAGAGCUGGGGAGGGUGGUGGAAAUCUCCUGCAUUGUCAGCGAUUCGGUUUUCCUCUAACAGAUCUUAAGUAAGAAAUCAAAAUGCUUGUAAAAUUGAACUUAUCUUAUAAAACCUUAUUGACAAUGGCUCUCGACCAAUGAGCGCGCGAGAUCACUAGAAUUUCUACAGCUAUUUCAAAAAUAUAUAAUGGACCUCAUAUUAUUCAUAGGUGAGAAUGCAAGUUCUCUCUUCAGGAAGAAAACCAGCCGUCACCACAUCGUUUUCCUGUUUUUACAAUAUCAUCAAACAUGAAACGGUGAGAGCUUCGUUGAAUAUUCUCUUCAAGUCUUAUUCAAGCAACUAAGGCGCGAUGAGAGCGGAGGAGUGAAAUUAAAAAACAGAAAGGUUUGGGUUGAAUCGUGUUAAGUUCUCAACGUCACCCGGCCUGGGCUUUCCUCGUUUUUGCUCUACCGCUGCUUUUGCGCCGUUCACUAUUUCUCUCCGUUUUAUGCCAUAAGUCAGUGAGUGACGUUUCCGUAGAUGAUUGGUGAUAUCUAACACACGUUAAAAAAAUUAUCAUAAUUUUUUACACAUGUGCAGUUAGCACCUUUUCAUAGGGCAGGAAAUCCUUAAAUAACACCGCAGGUCAUAUGCUUAAGUGUAUUAAUAGACGUCCUCAUAGGCAUUGUCCUGGUGAUUGUCGUAUAUCUCUUGUUUUCUUAAGGGGUUAUGUUUUUCCUCUUUCCUUUCUACUUUCCUACUCGAUCUUAUCUUGAUCCAUGUUAGGUAUUCGGUUUGUUCAAAGGCAUGGCACCUCCUCUUGCUGCUGUGGCCCUACAGAACGCCAUUUUAUUUGGAGUAUAUGGUAAUGUGCUGAAAAUGUUCUCAUCCGAGAAAGGGGACAAGCCAGCGCUGUCUCACGUCUGUGUGGCCGCGGCUGCCUCGGGAGCCGUUCAGCUCUGGGUGGUGAGUCCUAUGGAACUUAUCAAGAUCAAACUACAGAUGCAAACCGAAGGUACAAGCUAGUUGAGUUAUUUUCAAAUCGUUGUCGAAAUUAAUUUUUAAAUAGUUUUGCUUAAGCUCGCUUUUUGAUUGGUCAAGAAAUUUACGUCAUUUAUCUCAUACAAUCAAAUGCUAAACGUUAGCCAAUCGCGACCUGAUCUCCUGCGUUUUCCAGCGCUUUAGACACUUGGCGCGUUUUUACUUUCAAUCUUUAUUUGGAACUUGAGAACUGCUAAGAAUGGUAAUGCAGAAACUUGUGGAAUUGUACUCAUGUCUUUGAUGAAAAGUCAUGUCGGGGAUGGGAAAAGUGUUCAGAGGAACUUGCUCGACAUGAUGAAGUUCGACUUAAUCCUUUAUCACCCAAGAUCCAAUUAGCUUUCCUUCUGACUGACUGCUAUACAGCUCCUUGCAGUUAGACAAGAGAAUUUGGUUUUACGCGAAGAUUACAUCUGCUAGCUGAAUAUCAUGUCUGCUCUUAUGAACUGUUUGACGGAUAGCAUUCAGAGUCACCAACAGAAGUUACAUGUUAAUCACUUCUGGGAAUAAAAGGUUUAGAUCGAGCAGAGAUUUCAUUUCAGCAAUUCAGGCAGUAUGCCAAUAUUGAUAUAUAUAACGAGCUAAGUCAUGUUUUUGCUUUUGUUUCAAAAUUAUGACAAGCGUUUUGCUAUAGUUUCGUUAGGAAAGCAUGGGAAAUCUUCGCACUAUCGCGGAGCUCUAGAUUGCAUCCGCAAGAUUUACAAGACGGCCGGUAGCAGGGGACUUUUCCAAGGAGUUACACCUCUUGUUUUCCGGGAUAUCCCGGGCUUUGCCGUUUACUUUGCAUCAUACGAGAUCCUUCUGGAUGCGCUCUCACAAAGAAAGUCACGCAUUGACAUGCAACCUCUGGCUACAGUUUUCGCAGGAGGCCUUGCUGGAACGAUAAGCUGGUUCUCCACUUUUCCGUUUGACGGCAUUAAGUCUCGUAUGCAGGCAGAUGGGAAUAAAGGACUUUUUAUCUACAAAGGAACUGCGGAUUGUUUUCUUCAAACGUACAAGACAGGAGGCUUGAAAAGUUUUUACGCGGGCCUAGGACCAUGCUUACUACGAGCGUUUCCACACAACGCAGUUCUUUUCCUUGUGUACAACUUGGUCUCGAACUGGUUAGGAGAAUCGCAUCUCAAUAAUGGCCACAAUUUAAAUGUGGAUUAA